AUGGAAAGCCUUUUUAAAUUUUUACCACAUAAGAGCUACAAUACGUUUGGUUUGGUGUUUCUUACUUUAUUUGUAUCAAUCGGCGUGGUUAUCAUUGGAAUCGCCAGUGAUUUUGAAUCGAAAGCGACGUUGAAAUGUAACCCGGACGAAGCCCUCGCGAGCGACUUGUCAACAAGGAAGUAUAUCGAAACGCGAUGUUAUCUCAAAUACGUGCAAGAAUUUUACCCAACUUUCCCACUUUACGUCCUAUUUGUGAUAAAUUUUGGACUUGUGCUCCUACUUAGUUUUAUCUACGCUUAUUCGGUGAAACAUCGCGUGGAAAUAUUUGCAAACUCUCCAAGUGGAACGGCGAGUGGCGCCGAACACGAAAGCCAGCCACUGUCUGGCAUUAUUUCACAAGCAGCUUCAGACCCAAUGGCACACCAAAGCUCAACCCGUCAUUUUGUUUUCACGGUAUAUUUGUCGCAUCUGAUCAUUUGCCGUAUAUUACCACUGGCAGUAUUUGCAUCCUUGCUAUUAAAUUCAUCGAAUUUUCCUGUCAAAUUUCAUUGUCAUUGGCCGAUGAACUCUAUGAGUUCUACACACGUAAACCUAACGCAAACGAACAUUUCAAUUGUGGAGUGCACUUUUCCUAUGGGCCAAAAAAAAGAAAAAGUAUCGGCUACCGUCAUAACAAUAAAUGUACUUUUCAGUACAGAAGCAUUCAUUGAGCUUGCUUUUCUGUUGUGGUCAACAUGUAAAGAUCAUAGUCUAAUGGGUGACAUGAAAUUUUGUUGCGUUUACCUUUUGAGAAAACGAAACAGAAUUACAAAGUUAAUGAAAAAUAUUAGGAAGAACGUGUCUCAUGGCGUAUUUUAUUUGCAUGAUGAUUUUGGAGAGCAACGUUUGACACGUCGAAAACUGGAAGAAAUUUAUAUCAAUCUCACAAUUCAGGAGGGAAGGGAAGCCACCUGGUCUUCCAGAAGAAAGUUUCAAAAUAGGCAUGAAACAUACGAGGCACAUUUAAAACCACCAGUUGAUGCAACCACCCUAACGACAACAGCAAAUUUGUUUAAACCCACCGGUGCUUCCGAAAACCAUCCUAGGACUAUUCUUGUUGUCGGUCGACCUGGCAUUGGAAAGACUCUCUUGACGAAAAAAAUAUUGCAUGAAUGGCAGCAGCAAUCACUCGAAUUCUGGCAUGGUAAAAUAGUAAUUUUAAUACGUUUUCGUAAUUUUCAACAGGAAAAAACAAGUCUUCGAGAAAUGUUGCGCCAUUCUGAUGGACUCAACAUGUCAUCAGCUGAUUUCAAUUGUACAUAUGAAUAUAUUUGUUUAAUGCCACGUAAUGUUGUUCUUAUUUUUGACGGACUGGAUGAACUCAAAUUUUGA